AUGUUAUCUUUUGUAUAUAUUUGUAAUGGAAAUAUUACAAAUAUUUUAACUAAUAAUAAAAGUAUUAAUAAUAUUAAAAAUUUAAUUGAAACAACUAAUUUAAAAGUAAAUAAGAAUUUAAAAUGUUAUUCUUAUUUACAUGGAUAUGAAAAUUAUAAAGAUAAAAAACUUGAAGUAGUACAGUGUGAUGAAAAAGGUGAUAAAUGUAUUCAUGCAAACUCAACAAUAAAUUAUCAAAAAAUGGUUUGGUUAGGUUGUGCUUCUGAUUACAGUAAAUUUAUUAACGUUACUUACAAUCCAAAUAACUAUAUAACAAUUGGUUGUAAAAAUAAAUAUGUGGAAAUUAAUGGUUUUUCAUAUUCUUAUACUUUUUGUGUAUGUUCUUAUGAUUUAUGUAAUAUGAACAAAAUAACGGUUGGACUUCUUUGUCAAACAAUAUAA